GGACUUCGUCGGUUUCGGUUCCACACCAAUCGCCGCUAACUAAAUUAGGCAGCGACGAAAGCAACUUCGACAGCCCCACCAGCCUGGAGCUUGGACCCGCUCGGCAUUCCUUCGGCAGCCAAACACGAGCUCAGUGGUCAUGUUCCAGCAGCAUCCGCGGAACGCCGCAUGGAGAGCUCACUACCAUGGCUCCUCGUGCGGCGUUUGACACGGAGCAGGUCAGAGACAGAGCGCGCAAGGACCUGCUACAUCUCCUCGAGGGAGUCCGCGGCAAGAAAAACCUCGUUAUCGAAAAAGAGCUAGCAGGUCCACUUGGUGUCGUGGUCAAGGCCUCGACCCUGCGCGACUACGGCGUCGACAAUUUCUUCUUCCUCGAGAACAAAAACACAGACACCAGCCAGCGGAAUGUCGUCUUCAUUGCGCGGGGCGAGUCUGCCCGCAAUGCUCACGCCAUCGCCGACCAGGUAAUCCGGCUCCAACGAGAGAGCCAGUCGCCCCACGAAUUCCACAUCUUCUGGGUGCCGCGCCGGACAUUGCUGUCGGACAAGGUGCUGGAGGAAGCCGGCGUCCUGGGUGACACCAAUGUCUCCGAGCUGCCGCUCUUCUUUUUCCCACUGGAAAAGGAUGUCCUGUCGCUGGAACUGAACGAUUCCUUCCGGGAUCUAUAUCUAGCCAAGGACCCGACUCCCGUCUUCCUGCUCGCCCGCGCGUUAAUGGGCAUCCAGCAGCGGCACGGACUGUUUCCACGCAUCAUCGGCAAGGGAGACAAUGCCAAACGCGUAGCCGACCUCCUUUCUCGCAUGCGGCAGGAACUGCUCGCUGGAGAGGAUGCAGGCGAAACGGACGGAGCCGGGCUGGGUCCCAGCACCACGAUCGAGAACGUCAUCAUCAUCGACCGCGAGGUUGACUUCGUGACGCCGCUCCUGACGCAGUUGACGUACGAGGGCCUGCUAGAUGAGGUUUUUGGAAUUCGGAACAAUCAGACCGAUGUCGAUGCCACCAUCGUCGGUGCACCAGCUCAACCAUCGGGGCCGGGCACAUCGGCAGCUGCGCCGGUGAGCAAUGGGCCGUCGCGGAAGCGCAAGAUCCAGCUGGAUGGGUCGGAUGCGCUAUUUGCGCAGCUCCGGGACGCCAACUUUGCCAUCGUUGGUGGUCUCCUGAACAAGGUUGCCCGCCGGCUGCAGAGCGACUACGAGAGUAGGCACAAUUCCAAGACGGCAGCGGAGCUCAAGGAGUUCGUACAGAAGCUGCCUGGCUACCAAGCCGAACAGCAGAGUGUGAAGAUACACACGGGCAUGGCAGAGGAAAUCAUCAAGUACACGCGGACCGAGAGCUUCAACAAGCUGCUAGAAGUCCAGCAGAACCUCGCGGCCGGGGCGGACCCGUCGUCGCAAUUCGACGCGAUCGAGGAGCUCAUAGCUCGCGACACGCCGCUGCCCCAGGUUCUCAGGUUAUUGUGCAUCUACUCUUGCAUUUCUGGCGGCAUCAAAGCCAAGGAGCUGGACCACUUCCGGCGGCUGAUCCUGCAGGGGUAUGGCUACCAGCACCUCCUGACCCUCCACAACCUGGAGCGGCUGCAGAUGUUGCUGUCGAGGACAUCACCCCUGGCCUCGAUGAUUCCCAUGACGGGCUCGGCGGGCGCUCAGGGAACGAAGACGAACUACACGUAUCUGCGGAAGCAGCUCCGGCUCAUCGUGGAUGAGGUCAACGAGCACGAUCCCAAUGACAUCGCCUACGUGUACAGCGGCUACGCUCCCCUAUCCAUCCGGCUUGUGCAGUGCGUGCUGCAGAAGCAGUAUCUCGUCUCCAUCACAAAAGGCGCCGGGGCGACCAACGCGCCGGGCCCCGCCGCCGGGGGAGCCCAGGGCUGGCGCGGCUUCGACGACGCGGUCAAACACGUCCGAGGCCAGACAUUCGACGAAAUCCAGAAGGGCGAGGACAAGGCAGUCAAGGCGCGGGCGCUGUUGUCGGGUGGGACAGGCGACAAGAAGACCGUCUUUGUGGUGUUCGUAGGCGGCAUCACUUUCACAGAGAUUGCCGCCCUGCGGUUCCUUGCGAGGCAAGAAGAAGCGCGGAGAAACAUCGUCAUCUGCACCACAUCGAUCAUUAGCGGAAACAGGAUGAUGGAUGCAGCGAUCGAGAAGGAGACGUUCGAGAAGAGCACCCCGCAGGCUCCGCCACCUCCGCCGGCUAGAUGAAUCACAUCGGGGCACCCCAAAUAAAAUGAGACGUUGCUAUCAGCGCAGCUGGUGUGAGCUUUGGGGUGGUCAUUCGGAGAACAAGGGAGAGAAUGCUGUUUUAAAACAAAACAAACUCUCGGGGAGCGCCGGGAAUGCUUGC